AUGGCCGAGACGUUUCAGGCGGCCUCGGUGGCGAAGCUGCUGGAGAAGCUGGGCGUGGAGAGGUUCAGCGUGGUGGGGACCAGCCACGGCGGGUUCGUGGCGUACCACUUGGCCAGAAUGUGGCCGGAGAUAGUUGAGAAGGUGGUGAUCGCCAGCUCGGGGGUCAACAUGAGAGGGAGAGAUAGCGAGGCGUUGCUCAAGAGAGCUGACGUCUACAAAAUCGAAGAACUCAUGCUUCCGGCCACCGCUGCGCAGCUCCACAAGUCCAUCGACAUCGGCCGAAGACUUGACCGUGAGUGGCGUCGGCGCCCAAUAAACCUCCUCAUGCGCUUCUUCUUCCACUUGGCCCUCAUGGAUUUUGACAAUAAUUUGAGAGUCACGCUCAAUCUAAGCAUUUGA